UCUCUUUCUCCAUUAUCUGGUUUUAUUCGCUUAACUCGCUUUCUCUCUCCCUACAUUUGUCUGCUGUGCGCGUAAUCGCAAAUCCUAGUAAGAAAAUGCAUUUGCAGCUUGUUAGAAUCCGUGGAAGUGAAAAUCGGCGAAUCUCCGGCUACAUUUUGAUACCGGAAUAUUAGAUUCCGGUGAGAAAUCUGUCACUCAUUUGAUAAUAAGGCUUUGAUCCAACACUCUGCUUUCUCUCUCUAAAAACUCCUUUUUCUGAUGUUGCUGGGUUUUUAUUACAGUGCUAGCUUCUUUUUCGGUCGUGCGUUUUUACACUCGGAUUCGAUCUCGCUUUUUUGAGCAGGUGGUAAGAUGAACAGAAAUAGGAAUCUGGAACACCCUAUUCCUGGAUGCUUGGGAAGAAUGGUGAAUCUUUUUGAUUUGAAUACAAGUUUAGGAGCAAACAGGCUGCUCACAGAAAAACCACACUAUGAAGGUUCCCCAGUGUCUAGGUGUCAAUCAGACGUGUCAAGAACUCGUGUAGUUGAAGAUCGGAUGAAUGAUAAAAUGAUUUUAUCUGAAUUAGCAAAAUCCCCAUCAAAUAAGAAGAAAUCAAAUGGAACUCCAAUAAAGAUGCUUAUUGCUCAAGAAAUGUCAAAAGAAGAGGCUCCUAAACAAAGUCCAUCCAAUUUGGUUGCCAAGUUAAUGGGACUUGACACCCUUCCAGAACGCCAUCAACUUGGUUCAGCUUCAUACAGAAGCAAUAACCAAAGAGGAUCAAGGAGUCAUUCUGGAUCAUUGGACUUCAUACAGAAAGAGCAUGGAUUCUUGGAAACAAGAGAACAUGAUGAAAUUAUCAAUCAAUCCUGUAAAGAUGUUUUUGAAAUAUGGCAGCAGUCACCCCAAAAGGGAAGACAUAAAGAAAGCAAGAGCAAGAAUGAGAAAAACAUGGCUCUUGUUCGUGAGAAGUUCAUGGAAGCAAAACGUUUAUCAACCAAUGAAAAACUUCGCCAGUCUAAACAGUUUCAAGAUGCUUUGGAAGUCUUAAAUUCAAACAAAGAUUUAUUCCUCAAGUUUCUUCAAGAACCCAAUUCCUUAUUCUCUCAACAUCACCAUUUACAGUCUUCUUUACCUCCUCCAGAUUCAAGACGCAUCACAGUUCUCAGACCUUCUAAGUUGGUAGAUGCUCAUAAGCUAAACAAAAAUGGAAAACAGAUUAAUGAAGCUCUCCAAAUGAGUCACUGUAAUUACAGAAGUCCUACUCAGCCAACUCGCAUUGUGGUACUAAAACCUAGCUCUAUACAGCCACCUCAUGAAAUGACAAGUGUCUCCUCACCUCCUUCAACAUCAAAUGAUGAUGGAUUCUAUGGGGAUCUUGAAGAAGAUACAAAAGAAACCACCACACAAAGUGGCCUUAGAAGAGAUGAAAAUGAAACCAUUCUUUCUUCUGUUUUUUCAAAUGGUUAUAUAGGUGAUGAAAGUUCAUUUAGUAAAUCCGAAGUUUAUUAUGCAGCAGGGAAUCUGAGUGAUUCAGAAGUGAUGUCACCAAUUUCUCGACACUCAUGGGAUUAUGUUAACCGUUUUGGAAGCAGAAGCCCUUAUUCUUCUUCUUCAUUCAGUCGUGCAUCUUGCUCUCCUGAAUCUUCUGUUUGUAGAGAGGCUAAGAAACGUCUUUCAGAAAGAUGGGCAAUCAUGUCUUUAAAUGGAAGUGUUCAAGAACAAAGACAUGUAAGAAGAAGCUCCAGUACACUUGGCGAAAUGCUUGCUCUUUCUGACUUGAAGAAAGAGGAACAACACUGUGUAAAUAGACAAGGGUCUUCUAAAGGUGAUGAUGAUGAUGCUGAUAGUAGUCCUAAAACUCUUGUUAGAUCAAAAUCUGUUCCUGUAUCUUCUGGCUCAAUAAUGGGCCAAGUUUCAGAUUCGGUAAAAGUCAAAAAAAGUGAUACUAAGGAUUUGACCACGGAAAAAAGUGUUAAAUCAUCGUUGUUCAAGGGUUUGUUUUUCUCCAAGAGUAGAAAGUCUAGCAAACAGAAAUCCCAUAAAGAUGAUGAACAUCAAUCUUCAAGAAACAUUGGUGAUGAUGGAUCUGAAUGCUGCAUUAAUGAUGUAAAUGGACCAUUGAGGAAAGAAUCUUGCCAAGGUCCAGCUGAUGAUCUACCCGAGCUUGGAACUUUUGGGAAUGCAAAUGAGAACCAGGAGCAGCCAAGCCCUAGUUCAGUCUUGGAGUUGCAACUUGAAGAAGAUGACAACACAGCAGUCUAUUCUUGUAGUGCCAAGUUGAAAGAACAUGGAGUAGAUCCGAUUAAAUUCAAUAAUUUAAUUGAUAAAUCACCGCCAAUAGGAUCAAUUUCACGGACUUUAUCAUGGGACGAGUCCAGUGUGGGGCCCGUUCCCGGUAAAACCUGGAGUCCAGAGGAAGAAGAGCAGGAAUAUUUCUUGUAUGUUCAAACACUACUAUCAGUCGCCGGAAUCAAUGGCAGCUCACCGGAAAACCCUCUGGACCCAUCUUUAAGAGACACAUACAUGAGCCUGAGCCUAACCGAUAACCACCCUGUGGCGGUGGUUCACCGGUCAAAACAAAGACAACAAAAGUCAACUGAGAGGCUCGUGUUUGACUGUGUGAAUGAGGCAUUACGUGGGGUCCAUGUGGACCGGGUGUGGGAGCGGAUGAAGGAAUGGAUAUCAGGGGAGGAAAGAUGUGUGUGGGAUGGUGAUGAUGAGGAUGGCGGCAGCAUGGCGGUGGAGAGGGAGGUGGUAGGGCGGGGGUGGGCGGAGGAUUUGGGGUUGGAAAUUGAUGAUAUAAUAAAGAAUGAAAUAGAAGAGAAGUUGGUGGAAGAGCUGGUGGAAGAGUUGACACUUGACACCAUUAGGUUGAGUGAUUUUGCGUUACACUCUUUGAUUUGUUAAUUAUGUGUAUUAUUCACAACAAAACUCGCAAGUUUCCAACAAUCACGGCCUUUUGUUUUCCCUUAAUAGUGCAAAAUAAAUAAAUAUAUAUAUAUUUUCAGUACAAA